UUAAAGAAAAAUAUUAUAAAAUUUUAGGUAAAGAAAAUAAAAUAUAGAUAGAUUGAUAAAGAGAGUAGCACUAAUAAUGAAAAGCAAAUUCCAAGUUGCCCACUUGCAAAUCAAUCUUUCACACAAAUAAAAAGAAAGCCCAUAAUGUUCCUCUCUUCAAAGUGCCUAUAUCAUCAACUCAAGAAAAAACCAAAAGACAAUAAACUAAAAUCCUUAAAAUCAAGAUCAGAGACAUAGAGAUGACGCAGAUGCUUUCCGUACUCCGCCGUAACCUUCAAAACCUUCGUAAGAGCCCUCGCGUAGCUGACGAGACCGAGUUACCAUCAUCAAAUGCAGGAGCCGGACCGGGAGUGGUAGCUAAUGGAAGACGAGACGGGUUUAACUCCGUGAUCAUGCGGUUCCCGUUCUCGAUCAUCUCUUGCUUUGCGGUGCCGCGUGUUAGCGGGACGGAUGGACUAUGGAUGUCCGGAGAUUAUGGCAGUGUCUCGGAGAUUAACCAUCUUAUGGUUAGUGAUAGCAUGAGAUACGCCAUUUUAAUGUAAUAAACAUAUUUAUAGUAUAGUUUUGUGUUUUUUCUUUUCUUAUCUCUACAAUACAAUUAAUUUUCUUCUCAGUCUUACCUUUGUACAGUGUUAAAUCUAUGAGAUGUAGAACAAGUUUUGUUCUUGUAUAGAUGCAUAUAGAAGAAGGGUUUUUUUUUUUU